AGUUUGAAUCCAGCGCCUGGACGGUGAAUACGCAUCCUUGCGUGCCCUUAUCACAACAAUAUUGUUAUCGCGAAAUCGGAGACUUUUCAGAAGCUACCGCUCCGUCCAAACGAAUCACCCAAAAUUAUAGAAAGGUUCGUGGUUCGUAGUGUUCAGAGUUAAAGACUUAUCUGUCUCGCGUCUCAUCAGUCAUCGGUGGUUUCACCAAUUGCUGGAUGUUAGUUGUUGACGACAUGUCGAUGUCAAACAUGGACCUAGAACUGGCUUCGAACUUCGAAGAGGAUGACAGGGACGGCAUGCUUGUUGCACAAGCAAAUGUAUUCCCAAAACAAGAUGGACGGAACAGGAUGGAGCCGAGGAAAAUGGUGGACAUCACGAGAGACAAGCCAAUCAAAGUUACAAUCAGAGUGGUUGUACCAGUUCGCGACCAUCCCAAGUUCAAUUUCGUCGGAAAGCUUUUGGGACCAAAGGGAAAUUCGUUGAAAAGGCUCCAAGAGGAGACAAUGACGAAAAUGGCGAUACUCGGCCGAGGCUCCAUGCGUGACAGACAUAAAGAGGAUGAACUGAGGAAGUCUGGAGAUCCAAAAUUUGCUCACCUCACCGAAGAUCUUCAUGUUGAAAUCACAUCGUAUGCUCCACCCGCCGAAGCUCAUGCUAGAAUUGCUUAUGCUUUGGCAGAAGUUCGAAGGUUUCUUGUACCGGAUUACAAUGACGAAAUUCGACAAGAACAAAUGUGGGAGAUGCACGUAAUAAACAGUGGCAAGUCAGCGACAAGCGGAGACUCGGACGAUGCUGAGGAUGCAGACUCAAGUCGAGCCAGCACUUGCCCUUCCACAACCGAUCACCACAUUACCACACCCACUGGAGUAGGUAGCAGCUGUCGUAAGAGACCACUUGCGGCCCACGGCACAGGGACACGGGCCGCCAUUGCAAUGUCUCCCACCAAGAGGACUGUUCUCAGCAUCCUGGCACGCGCCAGAGCUGCUCAGGCCAAACACAUCUCACGACCUCUCUCUAAUGGAAGGCAAUUGGCGGUUAGAAUAAAGACGAGUGGACUUAUUGCUCCUGGGCCGGAUCUCGUUAUCAAUUGAGCUGCAACUCGGAUGAGGUAGAAUGGAAUAAGGCCCAAGUUUACCCUUAUUAGACACUCAACUCACCCACUCGAUGCAAAAGUUAUGUGUUUUUUUGUAUCGGCCUACUCUAUUCUUUCCGUUACCAUAAUACUAAUCAUAUCCAUGCUGUUUGGA